CGCAACUGAAGGGCGUUCCCCGGCGGGGAGGCGUCGCGAGCGGGUGAUCUGCAGGCUGUUCCUUGCGGGAAACUCCCGAGGAUCCUUGUUGUCGGAAAGGAAGCCAGAUCUCGCAGGCGCAGACGAUGCUCUCCCUCUGGGUGAUGGCGUUGACCUGGAUGGUCUCCUCCAAGACCUUUUCUGCAGCGCAGGAUCCGGCCCUGGAAGAGGCUUGGAGGGACUGGAAGAGGACUUACCGUAAAGUCUACGCCGAAGGAGAAGAAGCUUUCCGGAGAUCUGUGUGGGAGAACAACGUGCGUGUAAUUGAGCAACAUAACCGUGAGGCUGAUGAGGGAAAACACAGCUACCGCAUGGGCAUAAAUCAUUUCAGCGACAUGACCCAGGAAGAGAUUAACCAGAGACUGACCGGCAAACAUCCCCACUAACUGAACCUCGUUCUACGGAUGGAUCUCCCUGUGAAUUCCCAAGAAUGCCAGAAGCUUCUUAUGUCUGAAGUUCAUAACAUUGUGUCUUGCUUUUAAAAACCCUUUUAGUGGUUUCGGCUGUAUUUAACUAUUUUACCUGCUUUCAAGAUUUGGGUUGUAAACAUCCAAGACGAAGUUUGGAUGGACAUCCUUGGGAGUGCAGUGAUGUGUACCACAGUGUCGUCCUAGUAGUGCUGCAACUUGGUUCCAUCAGAGGUCAGGACAUGAAGAUGAAGGGUGGCGAUUCCAUGAAGGCGUCAUUGCCCGAGUAUCAUUUUGGCAUCACAGUUUGCUGUGGGUGCUGCUGAUUUGACGGUGUAGAAACUGAGUGUGAUAAUAAGCAGUAAUAUUUUGUUCAACUCAAGUUCUGGUCAUUAAUAAAGCUGCCAAAAGUUGUUUCGAUUG